ACCUCAUCUGAGGUGGUGGGGUCGAUGAGCAAAGCCUCGUUAUUUCACACGCCAAAAAGCAGAGAGCAACACAAACAAACACCAUUAAAAUAAUAAGGAAGCUCGAAGAAUCUCUCCCCAAUUAAUGGAACCAUCUCUCUCUAUGCUGAUGUAGUUCCCACGAGCUUCAGAGCAAGCUUGCAGCGCAAUUUCCUGUAACGGAAACCAUAUCGGCUUAGUAUAUACAGUCCUGCGUAUAUAUAUUUUAUCAAAUAAAGUUUCUAAUUUUAUAUAUAUAUUCCUCGGUGGCUUAAACCUCUCUCUCCCACAGUACAACUCACGGCUUAACCUCUUCCUAUAUUGCUAAUUGAGGCUCCAGAAUACGCAUGAAAACUGAACCAAACUGAUAAAAGAUCAGUAUUACCAAGAAACCAAACUUUGUCUUUCUGUCGUCAGUCGAAUCACAUCAAAAGAAUGGAUAACACUUCAGAUAUUCCAGCAGAAGAAAUGGAUGGUUGGGUUAAGAAUCUGAUCUCUGAAGAAGAUAUGUUUAGCUCUUCUUCAGAGCUUGUGAACUUCGAAUCUUUUGCUUCUUGGUGCAACACCCCUUCCGCUAAUGAUAUAUUGUUCACUCAAUACGGCUUAACCACCUCUCAAUCCACUACUACACCUACACCUUUUGGAGGUUUCACUGCAUUACAUGUAGAUCCUUCUCCUUCUUUCAAUGGUUUAGAAGGGUGUUACGUUGGCGAGAAGAGACCGGUCCAGGAGAUGAGCUCUCAGUUUCAUUACCUAUCAGGUAAAAGAAGCAAGAGUAGCGCCAUAGAGUGUAGUGUUCCAAGGUCAUUGAGCUAUUCACUUGAUGAGAAGAUGCUUAAGGCACUAAGCUUGUUUAUGGAGUUCUCUGGAGAGGGGAUUCUGGCUCAGUUCUGGACUCCUGUUAAGUCUGGAGAUCAGUACAUGCUUAGUACUUGUGAUCAGGCUUACUUGCUUGACUCGAGGCUAUCUGGAUACCGUGAAGUGUCGAGAAAGUACACAUUCUCUGCAGAGACAAGCCAAUACUCUUCUCCAGGUCUUCCAGGGAGAGUCUUUAUCUCUGGAGUUCCUGAGUGGACAUCAAACGUGAUGUACUACAAGACAGCUGAGUAUUUAAGGAUGAAACAUGCUCUAGAUAACGAUGUUCGUGGCUCGAUUGCUAUUCCUGUCCUUGAAGAAUCUGGUUCAUCUUGUUGUGGUGUCCUGGAACUUGUGACAUGCAGGGAGAAACCAAACUUUGAUUUGGAGAUGGACUCUGUUUGCCGUGCUCUCCAGGCUGUGAACUUACAAACAUCAACUAUUCCUAGUCGCCAGUACCUUUCAAGCAACCAAAAAGAAGCUUUGGCUGAGAUAAGAGAUGUCCUUAGAGCAGUGUGCCAUGCACAUAGGUUACCUUUAGCACUAGCUUGGCUUCCAUGUAACUGCUACUCCAAUGGAGCCAACGAUGAGCUGGUCAAAGUCUAUGGCAAAAAAUCAGAUGGAGGUUCUCUUCUUUGCAUAGAAGAGACUGCAUGUUAUGUGAAUGACAUGGAGAUGGAAGGCUUUGUAAAUGCAUGCAUGGAGCAUUAUCUGAGCAAAGGGCAAGGAGUUGCAGGCAAAGCACUCAUAUCAAACAAACCGUCUUUCUCAUCUGAUGUAAAGACAUUUGAUAUCAGCGAGUACCCUCUUGUUCAGCAUGCUAGAAAGUUCGGUCUUAAUGCUGCAGUUGCUACCAAACUAAGGAGCACGUUCACUGGGGAUAGUGACUAUAUACUUGAGUUUUUCUUACCUGUACACAUGAAGGGAAGCUUAGAACAACAACUUUUGCUGGACAGUCUCUCUGGCACGAUGCAGAGAAUAUGUCGGACUCUGAGAACUGUUUCAGAUGAAGUUGGACUUUGGAAUGGAGACAGAAUGUCAAAUCUUACACAAACUACUGUUUCAGAAGGAAGCUUUCAGACAACAUUGCUUGACACAGAUGUCAACUAUACUAGAACUAGUAUCAUCUCGAGUGAUAUAGCAGGUUCUCAUGGAACUCUUCAACAGGAACCUAGCGGAGCUAGAAAAUACGAGAAGAAGAAAAGCAGCACAGAGAAGAAUGUGAGCUUAAACGUUCUCCAACAAUACUUCUCUGGGAGCUUAAAGGAUGCUGCAAAGAGCCUUGGUGUUUGUCCCACUACAUUAAAACGGAUAUGCAGACAACAUGGAAUCAUGAGGUGGCCAUCUCGCAAGAUUAACAAAGUGAAUAGGUCACUAAGGAAAAUACAGACAGUGCUGGACUCUGUCCAAGGUGUAGAAGGAGGACUAAAGUUUGACUCAGUAACAGGGGAGUUCAUAGCAGUCGGCUCGCUUACUCAAGAGUUUGAUACUCAAAAGAGUCUACCAUUGGGUCAUGAUGAUGCAUUUGUAAGAAGGCAGUGUGAUAUGGAUGAAGAUAUGUCUUUAGAGCUUUUGAAAGUCAAGUCUCAUGAUGGUGGCAGGGUUAAGUUGGAGAAUAGUGUUGAACCAAAUGAAGCAAGACCUACAGGAUCCUUGAUGGAGCCAUGGACAAGCAAACAGUCUGGCUUGAACUAUAGUGAUGAUUUUGAUAUAGGGACAAGGAGUGCAGAUGUAAAGAAGGACAAAGACCUUUGUUUCCGUAGGUGCCUGAGCUCUCUAGCACUUGCUGAACCAAACCCAUCGAUCUCAAGCAGCAUGUCGGAUUCAUCAAAUGGUUCAGGAGCGGUUCUUGUUAGAAGUUCAUCUACUUCCAUGGAACAAGAUCAGAACCAAAUGCUUAGAACUCACAACAGUAGCGGCGAGAGCGGAUCAUUACUGACUGUAAAAGCCACUUAUAGAGACGACACUAUACGUUUCAAGCUAGAUCCAUAUGUUGUUGGGUGUUCUCAGCUAUACAAAGAAGUUGCUAAGCGUUUCAAGCUGCAAGAAAGUGCGUUUCAGUUGAAAUACUUGGAUGAUGAUGAAGAAUGGGUGAUGUUGGUCACAGAUUCUGAUCUUCAAGAAUGUUUAGAGAUAUUAAAUGGUAUGAGAAAACAUACUGUGAAGUUUUUGGUACGUGAUUUACUUGGAGCCGCAAUGGGAAGUUCAGCAGGCAGCAAUGGGUACCUCGGAACAUGUUCCUAGCAUCUGUAUUAUCACCACAGUAUCAUAUAUAUAAACACAUUAUCUAUGUUUGGUCUGAUAUUAGAUACUCAUGUAGGACAAAAGAUAUGUGUAGUGGAGUUGAAAGAAUGUAUAUAAUCAUAAAAAGGCAGAUAUAUAUAUGGUAUUUUGGCUUCAAACAAUUUGUAGACGUAGAUCUUGAAUGAUAUAUAUUGGCUUGUCUUGU